AGUCUGGAACCCUCGUCCCUGUCGAGCUAGGGUUUCUCCUCCAUUCGAUCUCUCCCCCAUUAUGCUCUUACCUUUGCCGAUGAUGCUGGAUUCCAUCUCGUUGCUCUCCAAUCUUCGCGUCUUCGGCCCCGGUCUCAAUCCCUUUGCGCCCUUCGGCAUGGGGAAUUACACCCUCGACCAUCUGGAGCUAGAGUCGCGGCGCUUCUUGGUCAGCAGGAGGAUCUUCAAGCAGAGAUCGAAGGAAAGGGAUGAUCGUGGAUGGACCCUGCUCCACAUCGGUGCUCGAAAGGGCGAUCUCAAGGAGGUGAAGAGACUUCUGGAUGAAGGUAUGGAUGUCAAUGUGCCUGCAUUGGGUCCUAAGUCACAAGGUGUGACUCCUCUCCAUUUAGCUGCUGAAGGUGGACACCUCAAAGUUAUGGACGAAUUACUAGAGCGCGGAGCAGAUAUUGAUGCCAGAACAAAGGGGGCCUGUGGCUGGACACCUCUCCACAGUGCUGCAAAGACGAGAAAUAAGAAGGCUGUGAAAUUCUUAGUGGAGAAUGGUGCUUUCUUACCCCCAGACAUGAAUGACAACAGGUUCAACCCACCACUCCACUACUGCCCUGGCCUUGAAUGGGCCUAUGAGAUUAAGCGCCAACAGGAUGAAAGCCUCUCAGGUGGGGAUAGUUCGACAGUUAGCUCUGAGAACUAAAUAAAUAGUUAAGUUAAUGUGGUUGGCAUCUUUUGAAGCAUGCUUUCUCCUUCAGAUAUUGUUGUAUCUUCGUUGGCAUUAGAUACGUUUGACCAUGAAUGGUCAUAGGUAUGUUUCAUUACUGAUGGAUACCUGUGAACAUAUGUUUGUCCCUUACAAAACAAAUCAUCUGUCCUCUGUGACAACUUAUGCAGUGAUGUUUGUUUGAUUA